CUGUUGUUAACGUGUAGUAUGAACAAAAUAGAAGGAAAAUACGAUAGUUUAGGAUAUUUUACAAGCUUUUGAGCAACAGUUACGCAUAUCCAACACAUCUGGCGAUGAAAGCAAUGAAGAAUAUGACCGAUCUAAGAUUUCAGAGGAAAUAUAUCGCCUAAUAUAGUAACCGUAGUUCUUUCGAACGAAGAUUUUGUUAGAAUUUUGUAAGCAGGGGGUAGUUUAUGAACAAAUGGAGGAAGAAAUUGUCAUAUCAACUUGGCAACGACCAGAUUUCCCAAAAGAUGCGGACGACACUUUUUCUAAGACGAUGAAACGGAGCUCGAGCAAGGAAAAUAUUGACAUGAACGCGUGGAUGUCACAGAAUACAAAGUCUGGUGAAGUGGAAUCUGAAGACGAUCAAGAAGAAAUGACACUAGAUGAUGAAUCGCUGUCGAGGCUAAUAGAAGGAGAUUUAAAACGUGAUGAUGAAAAUAAUUCUUUGAACAGAUCAAGAAAACCUAAACCCAAACCUCGGCAUGAAACAAGAUUUGCAAAUGCAGAAAAUCAACGAGCUGAUGACAAGGAAAGUAAGUUGUUUUCAGACAGAAAAGACAAGGGCCUAUUUGCUGGCAGAGAAGACAAGGCAGAUAAAUUAUUUUCUGGUGCGAAAGACAAGGCAAGUAACCUUUUUGCUGGUGAAAAGGACAGGGCUGACAAGUUAUUUUCAGGUGGAAAAACAAAAGAGAAAAGUGAUGACAUAAUCACAUCACCCCGGCCAGUUCCCCUUCCUCGUUCAAAACAAAAGGAAGACGAUCACGAACGUGAAUACCAAAGAUUUAACUUUCAGAAUAAAACCACAGACUCAAACAAGAUAAGUGCUGAUAAGCUUUUUGAUUCCAUGGGAAAAAGCAGUAAAAGCGUUUCCUUUGGUGAUUUCAAAGAAAGAAAGAAUUCAAGCAAGGAUUUGAAAACAGAUGAAAAAGUAUCUAGCAAUGAUAGGGAUUCUAAGAAUGACAGAACUGCACCAAAAAAGGCACCAAGAAGUCCUAGAAAUAAGCCAAGUCAUAAGGGAGAAAAAACUUCGGAAGAGAGGGAUUUAGAACUUCGAAAAACUUCAGAGAGUAAGAAACGUCCACAGCCUCAACCAAGGCAUCACGAUAGAAAAUUGUUUGAAAAUGAUAGUUAUGGUCAUAAAUCCGGAAAUCAUUUGGAACAGGAUGGAAAUGAGUUAUUUGAGAGGGGGAAUGAGUUAUUUGAGAGGAGCAAUGAUAUGUUUACCCAGCAUCUAGGAAACUUUGAUGAAGAAGUGAUUUCAAGAGGUGAGAAUGCUAGAGGAGGAAAUAGAGAUGUUGAUGCCGUCUUUGGAAGUCGAGCGAAGGAUGGAAGAGCCUUGAGGCAAGAUGAUGGAUCACCAAAACAAGAAAGAAGGACUCCCAGGAGGGAUGAAGGUUCUCCAAGACAGGAAAGAAAAACUGUCAGGCAAGAUGACCAUUCUUCUAGACAGGAAAGGAUGAGCCUGGGGAGAGAUGAAGGUUUUCCUGGACAGGAGAGAAGAAACCUGGGAAGAGGUGAUGGUUCCCCUAGACAGCAGAGAAAAGGCCUGGAAAGAGGUGAUGGUUCUCCUAGACAGGAGAGAAGAGACCUGGGAAGAGGUGAUGGUCCCUCUAGACAGCAGAGAAAAGGCCUGGAAAGAGGUGAUGGUUCUCCUAGACAGGAGAGAAGAGACCUGGGAAGAGGUGAUGGUCCCUCUAGACAGGAAAGAAGAAACCUGGGAAGAGGUGAUGGUUCUCCUAGACAGGAGAGAAGAGACCUGGGAAGAGGUGAUGGUUCUCCUGGGCAGGAGAGAAGGACCUUUGGGAGAGGCGAUGGUUCUCCUGGGCAGGAGAGAAGAAAGCUGGGAAGAGGUGAUGGUUCUCCUAGACAGGAGAGAAGAACCCUCGGGAGAGAUGAUAGCUCUCUUGGACAGAAGAGAGGAACUCCCAGACGAGAUGAACAUGGUUCUCCUGGACAGGAAAGACACCUUAAGCGAGAAUCGAGAAAAUACGAAAAUAGUUUUAACAGGCAAGGCGAGAGGUAUUCCAGAGGUAACCACGGCUAUGAAAAAGAUCGUGGAAAAAACGGAACUGACAUGUUUGAAGACCACGUACCGGCGAGCGAUGAUAUUGUCAUAGGCGAUAGCGAUGAAGACAGGGCCAACGAACAUGGCUGGCGGCCGCAUGGCAACGAAAACAAAUCCCGAACGCCUUUGAAAGCCCACAGAGGUCUGGAGGAAAUGGCAAAAUCCCCUGAUAUGUAUAAUUUCAAGUACGAAAGCAGAGACUCGCCUCUGAACGACAGCUUUGCACGAAGCAAGGGACGUUCGUCUUCGAUGACUGAUCUGAAUGGCUGGAAAAACGGAGAGUUCGAAGGCUAUCGUGAGGAAGAGAGUUUGGAGAGCUCGAGAUCUGGGUUCAACUCCUCGCGUGGCAUCAGAGACGCCGUGUAUGCCGAUUGGCUGGAGAGGAAGCGGGGAAAGUUGAAGGAAGAUGUCCGAAAGAAAGUGGAAGAGAAGAGAAAAGAGGAGGAAAAGCUGAAGGAAAAACAAGAAAAGGAAAUAAUGGCAAAAAAAGCUUUCGAAGCCUGGAGUUCGAAGAAAGAGGAGGUGAUAAAAAGCGAGGUGAAAAAGAAGAAAGAAAUCAGGGACAAGGAUUUGGAAGAGAAGCGAGAGAAAAUUGUGAAAAAACAAGACGCUAAGAAGUACUUCGAGUCUUGGAAAAGCAAGAAAGACGAAGUGUUAAAAGAAAGUUAUAAAGACAAGAGAAGUAAAGAGCAAGAAGAAAAACAAAAGAAGAUCGAUGAUCACAAAGAAAAGAUAGACAUUGCAAAGAAAGCUUACGAUAAAUGGAAAUCGCGAAAAGACGAACAACUUAAAGAAGAGGCUCGAAGUUCCAGACAGGCAGAUAAGUUGAAAACAAAAUAUGAAAAGGAAGCUGAAUUCGACAAACUAAAAGAGCGCGAAAAAACCUUUCAGGAAUUUCUUCGCAAGAAGGGCACAGGCAGAAGACCACCCCCUAGUCCAACCCUUUCACAAAGGGCCUGGUGUCCUGGUGGUUUGACCAAGGGUAGCAAUCUAAUUCCGGAGAAAGUUCAACCUGUGAUUGCGCCGCCAAAAUUAAACAGAUCUCGAUCAUUUUCUGGAGUGACGCGAGCUAUGACAUCCUUCAAUGCAACCAAAAGAUCGAGCAGAGGCUGGUAACAAGAGAAAACGGUUUCAUCGCGGGCUCUGGUCAGUUCGAGAUUGGCGGGUGCUGAACCGUCAUGCAUCUUCGAAUUUCGGAGCCGACAGUUUUCAAAUCGCAUAUGCCAUUAUGAACCUUUAUAUAUAAAGAUGUAAAAACCACUGGUAAAAACUGAUAU